AUGGCGGCACCGAAGAUCCAGGAUAAUGUCCUGGCCAAGACCAUCACUAUCCAGAGGACGGAUUUGUCCACCUUCGAUGACUCCUUCUCGUUCCUGCGAGAGAAAUUCGACGCUGAGAUGCGGAGGAUGGACGAGGCCAUGAACAAGUUUAGCUCGGAUCUACAAACCCUGUAUGGACAGCAGGGAACGUCGGCGCAAGUCGGAACGGCCUUGACCUCUGAUAUACAAAGCUCACCCACCUGGGACUCGCUGGUCAAUUCCCCUCUCAUACAAGGAGAAGGAACCGACAAAAUGCUGAAACUGCAAUUUGACUUGAGUCAAUUUGAUCCUGCAGAGAUAAAAGUACAAAUUGCUCAAGACAUCCUCACGGUCCAGGCCACCCACAAUGAACAGACAGACAGCAGCACUUUGACCAGGGAAUUUAAGAGAGAAUUCCUCCUUCCACGAGGCACAAACCCUGACGCGGUUAUAUCUUCCCUCUCUCGCGAUGGAGUCCUCACAGUCCAGGCCCCGUUGCCUCAACUGAUAGACCAGGAUAAACCGAAGAAGCAGGAGUCAAAGGUUUUGUCCAAGGGUCAGCAAAAUUCGCAACGCGCGCCGAAGCCAGACAAGACUGUGCCGAAGCCAGCAGCUGCUGAGGAGGCAAAGACUACUCCACCUGCCGCCCAGCUGCCUCAAUCCCCGCUAUCCUCAGUAUCACCAGCAGCCCCAGGAGAACUACCCCAGCCACAGUCACCCAGAACAGUUUCCAAAAUGGGAUCCAAGACUAGCAAGAAAUAA